GCCGCUCCGCACGCUCCCACUUCUCCCCAGAGCCAGGAGAGGGCUCCUCGCUGAGCAGAGAGCCUGGCCGCCUCCUGUGGAUGGAGAUCUGCAAGCCUGGAUGGUGCCUGGUUACCGCCGUGCGCUAAAGACUUAGAAAGAGCCCUCGGAUCUGUUGCGCUAUGGAGGGGUAGCGCUCUCCCCCUUCCUCCAUCCCCUCCCCGCCGCCAGACAAACAGCAAACCCAGACCAAACCUUUCUGCCUCCUUGCCACAAACUUUACCUCCUCCUCCCCUCCGGUGAGAAUCCCCCCUUUCCUCCUCCCUCCAUGUUCCUUCCUUCCGAGCCUGUAGGAUGAGGUGUUUCCUUCUAUUCGGCUGAGGGUAAAAGCGCAUCCUGGGGGCAGUGGCACACACCUGGCAGGGACGGGAAGGUGUCAAUCCAGCCUCCACUGCAAUCAACAAUGGCAAACGAACCCGUGAUUCUGAAUGUUUAUGAUAUGUACUGGAUAAAUGAAUACACUUCAACCUUGGGGAUUGGUGUCUUCCACUCUGGCAUUGAGAUCUACGGCAGAGAAUUUGCCUAUGGAGGGCAUCCUUACCCUUUCAGUGGGAUUUUCGAGAUCACACCUGGCAGUGCGGUAGAACUUGGCGAGACCUUUAAAUUCAAAGAAUCCAUUGCCUUGGGCACCACAGACUUCACAGAAGAAGACGUGGAUAAAAUUAUGGAAGAGCUGGGCAAGGAGUACAAAGGCAACGCGUACCAUCUGAUGCACAAGAACUGCAAUCACUUCUCUGCUGCUCUUGCUGAGAUCCUAUGCGGGAAAGAGAUCCCGCGCUGGGUGAACCGCCUGGCCUACUUCAGCUCGUGCAUCCCCUUCCUCCAGAGCUGCCUGCCCAAGGAGUGGCUGACACCGGCGGCCCUGCAGAGCCACAUCAGCCUCGGCCUGCACAAGGAGGAGCAGGGGGACACGACAGACGAGGAGUCCCCCUCCACCUCGGCCACCCCCUCGGCCUCAGGCACCUCGCGAACCUGUAGACAUACCCGUGUCUAAGCUGUGCCCUCAACGCCGGGCCCCUCUCACUAGGACUGUUUCUUCCUGAUGCGCCCUCUCGCAUGCCUCAGCUUUCCUCUCUCCUUCCCUAGCCGGCCGCGCGGCGGGAGGGAAGCCGCUUCCUCCCGGGAUGGUGGCGGCCUGCUGGGAUAGCGGCUUGGCGAGAUGACUGUGAACUUCCUCGCUGAGCCAAGGCACGUGGUGACUACCCUGGGUUCUCCUCCCAGGGCGCCGGUGCCCCUCGAUCCAUGAUGAACUGCUGGCUCUCCAGAGCAUGAGAGCGUCCGUAUGGGCAGGGGGACACCAUACUGUGAAGUUCCUUGUCUGGAACUGUUUUAUCUUUUUAUCUCCCCCCCUGCCCACUUGAGCCCACCACCCUCUUCCCUGUUCUGGCUGGGGUUGCCAUUCCCCAGGACAUAUUUCCGGCCCUUUCCCAGGGAAGGAAGCAGAGCCAGAGCUCAACUUUCUUAUCUCUUAGACCA